AUGCAGUACCUCAAGACCAUAGUUUUUGUCCUGCUCGCCGGUGUCCACCUGGGCAGUUCAGCUCCCCGCCAAGGCAGCUUCCUUCUAGUGCCAAGUGUUCCUUUCAACUUCCCGGAAGUUGAGAAUCCACAAGAAGAGCCCAAGGAGAAUCCUGAACCGAGACAUCUUGUUGUGGAACAGCCAGAGGGGGAACUAACCCAAAAGGACCUCGAGCAGUUGCUUCGCUUUUCCAAUGAACUGGGACAGACCCAGGUUCAGGCUAGAAAGUUUGGUUUCCAUCACAAGUCGGAUAGUGACAAAGAUAAGGAUAAGGACAAGGAUCGUUUUCCGUAUAUCACAUUAGUUGUUUUACCCCCAAACAACUCAACAGUUAAUGUCACCAAUCAGGCCAUCAACGAAGGCGCAACCACAGGAGUCCGAACUGGCGAUCCUCUAAGGACACCCCUAGCCUAUCCUGUACCCGUUCCCAUGCAGUAUUUCCGGAGACGCGGCGAUGAGGAUUUACCCCUGGGCUAUCCAGGAAUAUACGGAUGGAAUCAGCCUUCACUCUACGGAGGCUUGGCAGGAUCGGGACUUAGCGGAAGUCUUGCCGGUGUGCCCCUGGUGCCCAUAACCAUUGGCAAUGAAGUGCGUUAUGUGCCACUAAAUCUGCGUAUGUUCCGACAGUUGGUCAAUACUCCUGUCAGGGAAAAGGAUGAUCUGAUGGAGGAGGACGAUAUAACACCCUUUAAUGCAUUCAAUAGAGAACGGGAUACCGAGGAGGCUGCGGCUGAAGAGGAAACUACCAACGAGGGAGAGGCUUCUCCUGAGACAGGAUAUGUUUCUUUAAGUCAAAGAAGGAAACAACGCCGACGAAGGCCUUUGCAGGCUAUCACCCAGAAAAUGCGACAAGUGCAGUUUCUGUAA